AUGGUUCUAGUACCGGUCGAAGCGGCAAAAAAUACUCCCACCCCCACUGUGCCGACCGUGACUAAUAGUGUGAUCGAGGAAUUCACCAGGGAAAAUAUCCCUGAAAAUGUGACUGUGUAUCAAGUUCCAGCAUCAGCAGGGGCUGGUGGAGUGACGAAAGCCUUGAAGAACCUGACGCAUCAAGACGCUGCCCUAAAUGCCUAUGAAGUCAAGAACGCCACUGACUCAGUCAAGUAUUAUGGCAGACUCGUCGUGAGAAGUUGUCCCAAACAUCGCUAUGGUAUUGGCUGUGCUCAGUGGUGCCCGGACUGCCUCAACACAGGCGAAUGUCACCCUCGCUCCGGAGGCUGUGUCUGUGCCCCUGGCACCCAUGGCAACCGUUGCCAGGACUACUGCGGCAGGGGCCGCUACGGCGACGACUGCAGUAAGAACUGCUCUGCUGAGCUCCGGGGCAGGGAACGAGCUGACCUUCCCAUAUGCGACGGGCUGACCGUCUGCACCCACGACCUGCAAGGCUGCUCCUGUCUUCCUGGAUUCAUGAGACCUUACUGCAACAUAGUUUGUCCGGACGGGUGGUACGGGCCAAGCUGCGCCCUGCGCUGCAACUACUGCGUGGAUCGCAACUGUUCUCGUGAUGACGGCCGCUGCCUCAUAGGCUGCCGCGACCCUGCGCUCUGCACUCACG